CGAUAUUUAAAUACUGAUUAACCAGACUAAACGACUUACAAAUAUUUCCGAGGUAGUCACAGCGAUAGGUGAUACAAACCAACAAAGCUCAUCACGAACUCCCAUUUUGCCCGAAACAGACGACGCUUUCCAUGCACAACGGCAUAAAGGAAGACUAACACAGAAGAGCCUGAAAAAUGUCAGGCAAGGAAAAAGUGGUGAUCGUCACGGGUGCCAAUAGUGGACUGGGGUUUGCAGUCAGCCAGUUACUGUGUGCUGAACAGUAUGAUGUUAUACUGGCCUGUCGCUCAGAGAAGAAUGGCAAUGACGCGGUGGCGAAAAUAAUCAAAGAAUUUCCUGAAGCCAAGGCUACAUUUAUGCAGCUUGACCUCGCUGACAUGUCCUCUAUCAGAGGGUUUGUGGAAAAAUUCCUGGCGUCUGGCAAACCUCUGGAUAUCCUCAUCAACAAUGCUGGCCUCUCCAAGGACUUUGCCGACACGGAGCGUCAUGUGACAAAGGACAACUUUGAGAUGACAAUGGGAACAAAUCAUUUAGGUCAUUUCUUGUUGACCAACCUCCUGUUACCAGCACUGAAGGAUCGAGCGAAGGAGACACAGGACAUCAGAAUUGUGGUUGUCACCUCCGGCCUGCAUGAUAUCAAGAUGAAGGGAUCGGGGAGGAAGGAAUUGCGUCCCAUGUCCCUUGACAACUUGAUGCUUGAUGAAGAAGGCACUUAUAAUGGUGGCCAAGCUUACAAGGACUCCAAGUUGGCUAAUAUUCUAUUUACCUACGAGCUAGCUCGUCAGCUGGAGGGUACAGGUCUCACUGUCAACUGUCUUUGUCCAGGAUUUAUUCCCGACACCAAUUUUAUCCGUAACGCCAAUGGGUUCGCAAAGUUUAUGCUGCGCACUAUUCUGAAGCCUAUUUUCUGGCUGAAAAACACAACGCGUACAGUGGAACAGGGAGCUACAGCAAUCAAAGACCUGGCUACUAAUGAGAGUCUGAAAGGUGUAAGUGGGAAGUAUUUCCGUGACAUGAAGGAAGCAGUGUCCUCCGAAGAAUCCCAGGAUAUGGAGUUACAGAAGGGCCUGUGGGCAGCCAGUGCCAAGUACUGUGAACUGGAGACGACCAACUAGGCUCAGAGCUAGAGGAACGGAGGGGAGGGGGAGCGGAGGGACCACCUGCAGAUUGCAGGUGUCAAAAAGCAGACUACAGGUUUCCGCAUGCAGGCUACUGGUGUCAACAUGCAGACUACAGGUGUCAACAUGUGAAGUACAGGUCUUAAAAUACAAACUACAGAUGUCAACAUACAGACUACAGGUGGUAAAAUAUUGACUACAAAAUGUCAACAUGUGGAUUACGGGUAUGAAUAUUUGAAAAACAAAUAUCAUGAAAGAUGUUAAUGCUGACAUGGCAACUAUGUAAUUUACCUCCAAAACAAUGCUUUCCUUAUUUUUCUACAUGUUAUUUUAAUGCAAUAACACAAUUGUAUUCAUUUGGGCUGAUGGUGGCUCAUUUACUCCUCAUAACACAGUUUUAUACAUUUGGGCCUAUGAUAACUCAUUUACUGUUCAUAACACAACUGUAUACAUUUGGGCCUAUGGUGGCUCAUUUACUCCAUAUAACACAACUGUAUACAUUUGAGUCAUGGUGGCUCAUUUACUCCUCAUAAUAGGACUGUAUACAUUUGGGCCUAUGAUGGCCCAUUUACUGCCCAUAACACGACUGUAUACAUUUGGGCUGAUGGCAGCCCAUUUACUCCUCAUAACACAACUGUAUACAAUUGGGCCAGUGCUGGCUCAUUUACUCCUCCUAACACAACCAUUCAUUUUGGCCUGUGAUGGCUCAUUUACUCAUAAAACAACUGUAUACAUUUGGGCCGAUGGUGGCUGACUUACUCUACAUAACACAACUAUACAUUUAGGCCUAUGGUGGCUUAUUUAGUAUACACAGAAAAUUGCUGUAAUUACUUUUCACUCUUGGGAUGUGCUAUCUACAUGACAACUGUAUACAUUUGAGCCUGUGGUGACUCAUUUACUCCUCAUAACACAACUGUAUACAUUUGGGCCAUUGGUGGCUCAUUUACUCAUCAUAACAACUGUAUACAUUUGGGCCUAUGAUGGCUCAUUUACUCCUCAUAACAUGACUGUAUACAUUUGGGCUGAUGGUGGCUCAUAUACUCCUCAUAACACGACUGUAUACAUUUGGGCCGAUGGUGGCUCAUUUACUCCUCAUCACACAACUGUAUACAUUUGGGCCUGUGAUGGCUCAUUUACUCCUCAUCACACAACUGUAUACAUUUGGGCCUGUGAUGGCUCAUUUACUCCUCAUCACACAACUGUAUACAUUUGGGCCUGUGAUGGCUCAUUUACUCCUCAUCACACAACUGUAUACAUUUGGGCCUGUGAUGGCUCAUUUUCUCCUCAUAACACAACUGUAUACAUUUGGGCCGAUGGUGGCUCAUUUACUCCUCGAAACACAAUUGUAUACAUUUGGGCCUGUGAUGGCUCAUUUACUCCUCAUAAUACAACUGUAUACAUUUGGGCCUGUGAUGGCUCAUGUACGCCUCAUAACACAACUGUAUACAUAUGGGCCUAUGAUAACUCAUUUAUAACAACUGUAUACAUUUGGGCCCAUGUUGGCUCAUUUGCUCUACAUAACACAUCUAUACAUUUACGCCUAUGGUGGCUCGUUUACUAUACACAGAAAAUUGCUGUAAUUACUUUUCACUCUUGGGAUGUGCUAUCUGCAUUCAUGAAUGCACUCAACUUGCAUUUAAAUACAUAUAAAUAAACAAAUUAAGAAGGAAACUGUCAGAUCAGCCAUAACGUAAAUAUAAAGUCCAGUGUCUGUAAACUGUAGACGAGAAAAGUUUGCUUUUUUGACGAGUUUUUGAUCAGAAACUCAGAAACAAUAAUUAGAUCUGUGUUCUGUUAGUGAGAGGACAGAAUUCCGAGAAAUACAAUGACAUUAUUGGUUGUGACUCGUAUACACAAAUUACACAACACCCCCUGUUGGCCAUCACAUCGCAGUAGGCAUAGAGAGCGAGAUGCAUACAUUGUACGGAAAUUUACUGAAGGUUAUACAAUAUUACCCCCUGAGUCUGAAGAGUUCAGGGUGCAGCUAGCCAAACUUAGCGGCCAUCAGGUAUUUGUAUUAAUACUGGAUCACAAAAAAACUUUAAAAGUCUUGAAUCCAGUCAAGAGAAGCCUUUAAAGUGCCAAUUUUUUAGCUCACUUGAACGAUGCAAGGAGAGGUAUAGUGAGAGGGAGAUCAGAGGCUGGCGGUGGCGUUGUCCAGUUUUGUUGAAGUUUUUGGCCAGUCAUAGGGUUGCAGUUACCACCCAUACCCAAUUGCCAAGUGCAGUGCGCAAUUUGCGUAUUGAAGACCUCUGAGGUAAAUUUGUGCGUGAAAUCCCACAGUGUCUUUUACCACUGCAAUGAUUAACGACUCCAUAACAGACGAAGUCUCUGCUCUGCAAUCCUUACACAUACUGUAGACCAUCAUAUCUGUAACAGGGUAAUGUUUGGCCUUUCUUGUUGAUUUAAUGGCAAGAUCUUAACACUGUCUAAUUAGAUAAUAAUAUCUAUGUAUGACAAUGUCCAUUAUUCUUCUUCAUUUUGGUUUCGAGGUCAGUGUUUGAGCGUAUCACAUGGCUUGAACAUUAUGCAUUUUUAUCACCUGCUCAAUCAGGUGAGCCACCGGUGUUCUCUGAAUGCCUUGUUUUUAGAGUGAACAUCAUCUAAGAGUUCCCAAGCUAUAAAUGUACAUUUAAGGUAGAAAUAUUUUCCAUAUCUAAACAUCUGUUCCAGAUGUGCUGCUCUUGUUUGGCUUCUAUUGUCAUAUUUGAACCCUCGGGAUAUUAUUUUACCGAACACUGUAACUACUCAGAAGUUUUUGAUAUUACAUAACAAAACAGGAGAUUACACGUCAGGAUUGCUUUCGGUUUGGUUAAAGUGUCCCCCCCCCCCCAACAAACCCCC